AGAGAAGUAUAGGAAUGGAAGAGGGAGAUAGAGAGAGAAAGAAGGAGAGAAAGAGGAAAGAAAACGAGAAAGAGAGUGAGAGACAAAGAGAGAAAAGAGAGAGAGAGAGAGAGAAAAUGGAAUUUCUCUAUUUCACAUGUCCUCACUUUCUUCAUUACAGAUUAAUAAACCUUUUCAUGGACGAACUCCUUUAAUAUUUGCCUGUGAAGUGGGCGCCGAUAGAAGAAUCAUCGACAUUUUGAUAAAAGCUGGUGCGAAGUUAGGAGCGAAAGACAAAUGUGGUGGUUGGACAGCUUUGCAUUUGGCUGUUGAAGGGAAUCACCUUCAUGCUGUGGAGAUCUUACUAUCUCGGGGCAGUGAGGUUAAUCCUCGAGAUGAAGAUGGUCGCACACCGCUGCACGUGGCCUGUGAUCGGGGACACUUGCACACUGUCGAUCUUUUGUUGGGUCACAAUGGCAUCGAUGCCAAUGUGGUUGCCGACAAUGGAGACACACCACUGCAUGUGGCAGUUCGGGGGCGAGAUUAUAAAUUGGUGUCUCUAUUGCUGUCCAAGGAUUCGGUGAAUUUAGAAAUUGUGAACAAAGAAUAUAGGACACCAUUGCUUGAAGCUGUUUCGGACGGUCACCUCGGAAUAAUGCAGCGGCUGAUAGCCAGGGGCACGAAUGUAAAUGUUGUCGAACAUGGAGGAAAUAAUUGCCUGCAUCUGGCGUUAGAAACAGAAAACAACUUUCAUUCUGAGGUGGAGCACAUGACCAUGUUAGAUCAGUUCUGCGUAGAGCUGAAACUGGGAAACGAAGAAAGGUGCUCUGGUGUGGUAGUUGCCAGCUACCUAGCCCACCACGGGGCCAACUUUUACUGUAAAAACAAAAUUGGCAGAACACCAUUGGACCUAAUAGAAAAGGAAAAUUUAAAAAAGACGUUAAAUAUGUUAUUCCCACCGCAAUGUAUGUUUUGUGAAGACGAAGUGGCCACAGAGACGUUCUUUCCAUGUAAACAUCUUUCGCUGUGUAAGAAAUGCUGUCCCCAAAAGAUACCUAAACGAUGCCAUAUGUGUGGACAGAAUAUAACGAGCAAAAAUAAUUUGGUUGGUCCAAAUUCGUCAAAGAUGGAAGUCCAGAUGGUGGCAGGACCAGUUGUGUCUCCAAAGUUUGAGGACAAAGGAGUUCAAUCAGAUGCACAGUUAUUAGGGGCUACAUCCAAGCAAGGUGGGAGUCCAGAGCUGAAGGAGAAGGAUCUUCUGAGAGUGGCUAAGAGGUUAGGAAGAGAUUGGUGGCAAGUAGCGAUAGUUUUAGGAGUUGAUACAACUAAACUGAAAAUUGAUGAUGAGUCUAUUGACGCUGUAAAACAAGGCUACCUGAUGCUUUACGAAUGGUUCAAAACUUGCGACCCAGAAACACGGACACACGCAACAUUACGUGCAGCUCUUGAAGAAGCUGAAUGUGACGCUGCGAUGGAAUGUCUGUCAUUAGACGCAAAGUGAAUUUCUGUGUAACUGUUGUUGUUUAGCCUCAGAUUAACCUUGACCAAACAGAGACUUAUGAUCAAACACAUGCCAGCCAAGACCAUCAUGCCUAUUUCCAAAGAGAACCCACAACCACAUUGUCCAAUAUGCCCUUCUGUACAGUGAUAUUGUGUGAAUUUAGCUGCUAAUUCUAGCAGGUAUAUCAGCCACAUAGUGAUCUAUUCACUGGUUUGGCUCCUUUGUUAAAAAUUCACAUUUAAAAUAAAGACAAACUUUGAAAUGUUCA